AUGGUUUUUGAUGUAUCUGGUCCAUCAUUUUUUCCACUAAAUGCCGAGAAUGACCAAGAUAAAGAGCCACAUAGUAGUGCAAAAAACUUCUAUGAUUUGUUAAAUGCUGCGAGGCAACCUUUAUCAAUGAAUGUUAAUGAAGAAACAGAGCUGGCAUAUACAUUGAGGAUGAUGAAUAUCAAGACAACUUUUAAUAUACCGCAGCUAGCAAUGGAUCAGAUAUUUGAGUAUAUUAACCAUUUGAUGGGUCCCGAUAAUCGAGUACCUACCAGGUAUUAUGAUGCAAAAAAUUUACUUACAAAGCUUGGUCUUGGACAUGAGAAGAUUGAUUGUUGUGUAAACAAUUGUAUGUUGUACUAUAAGUCUGAAAUAAAUGACAAGCAUUGUAAGUUUUGUGGUGAGGCAAGAUUUAAACCUUGCCCAUCUGGAUCUACUCGUGCAAAAGAGGUACCUCGCAAAAGAAUGCAUUACCUUCCUCUCAUUCCUCGAUUGCAACGUUUGUAUGCAUCACAUAGCUCUGCUUCACACAUGCGAUGGCAUUAUGAAAAUCGCCACGAACCUGGUAUUAUGUGUCAUCCCUCUGAUGGUGAAGCAUGGAAGCACUUUGAUAGAAGGUUCCCUGAUUUCUCAGCAGAUCCUCGAAAUGUAAGAUUAGGUUUAUGUUCUGAUGGAUUUUCUCCUUUUGGUUUCAAUGCAAAGCCGUACUCUUGUUGGCCUGUUAUGGUUGUUCCGUAUAAUCUCCCACCUUCAAUGUGUAUGACUACACCAUACACAUUCUUAACCUGUAUUAUUCCUGGACCGAAGAACCCAAAGGCCAAUAUUGAUGUCUAUCUACAGCCUUUAAUUGAUGAACUUCAAUUGUUAUGGGAAACAGGUGUCUUAACUUAUGAUGCAUCACUUAAACAAAAUUUUAUGAUGCGCGCUGCGUUAAUGUGGACCAUCAAUGACUUUCCUGCAUACGAGAAAAAUGUGUUUGAUAACGUCUUCCACACAGUUAUGGAUGUCAAAGGCACAGCUAAAAAUAAAGACACGCCUAGUGCACGUCUCGAUAUGAAGGACAUAUGUAAUAGGCCCGAACUUGAGCUGGUGGAAAAGAAUGGAUGUUACCUUAUGCCCAAGGCAAGCUACAGUUUGAAUCGUACUAAUCAAUUAGCUGUCUAUGAGUGGUUACGAACUUUGAAGUUACCUGAUGGGUUUUCUUCUAAUUUGGCUACAUGUGUUGAUUCCACAUCUUCUAAAUUAAUAGGGAUGAAAAGUCAUGAUUGUCAUAUUUUUAUGCAGUUUCUUUUGCCUAUAGCCUUCAUGUUUUUACCAAGCUGUCACUGGAAGCCUUUGACUGAGUUAAGUGCGUUUUUCAGAAAUCUUUGCUCUACAUCCCUACGUGUAGACAAAAUACAUGAAAUGGAAAACUCGAUUGUUUUAACAUUGUGUAAGUUAGAACGGUUUUUCCCUCCAGCACUGUUUGACUGUAUGGAACACUUGCCUGUCCAUAUUCCCUAUGAAGCACGUUUAGGUGACCCAGUACAAUAUCGUUGGAUGUAUCCAUUUGAACGCUUCCUCAAUCACUUGAAGUCCAAAAUGAAAAACAACAGAUAUGUUGAAGGUUCAAUUGCUGAUGCAUAUAUGCUUGAAGAGUCAACACACUUUGCAUCAUUUUAUUUUGACGAUGAUGUGCAAAGUAGAAGAACAAUGAUAGGUCGGAACCUAAAUGAUGGCGGCAUUGAUCAUAACUUGCCAAUUACUUUAUCAAUAUUUAAUCGACCAGGUCGGUCGAUGGGCAAGAGAAGGACAAGAUAUUUGAGUGCAGAAGAACAUUUCGCCGCUCAUCAAUAUGUGUUACUAAAUUGUGAGGAGGUUCAACCGAUUUUAAGGAUGUAUGAAAAUGGUUUACGAUGUUACAAUCCUGGUUGUACUGAUGAAGAUGUAGACGAUGAAAUUGAAAGCAAUUUUGCACAAUGGUUUAAAGAAUAUGUAUAUUGUCCAACGAACAAUGUGUGUAACCAAUCACUCAUUGAUUUGGCAUCUGGACCGAUAAUGGAGGUUAGCACAUACACUGGGUAUGUCGUUAAUGGUUUCAAGUUCCAAACUGAAGAACAUUGUCGUAGAAAGUCGACUUCUAACUACGGAGUGUCAAUCAAGGGAGCAGGGUUAGCACAAUCUGAAUCAAAUUUUUUUGGCACAUUGCAAGAAGUUGUUGAGGUUGAGUACCCCCAAUGUUCCAUUAAAAAGGUUGUUCUCUUCAAGUGUGAGUGGUUUGACCCAACACCCAAUAUUGGGUCAAUAUUCAAUUCUGAAUAUGGCAUCGCUGAGGUGCACUGCAAUAAACGAUAUAGGAAGUAUGAUCCUUUUAUCAUUGCACAAAGUGCAUGUCAGGUGUGUUAUAUCCCAUACCCACGAGGUAUACGGGAGAAAAUGAAUUGGUGGGUAGUUUUGAAUGUACGACCUAGAGGAGCUAUUGACAGUGCCUAUAGCUCUAGUUACACAUAUCAACAAGAUAACAUACCAUUGCAUACAUAUGGAGUUGAUCAAAGUAUUCAAGAUGACGUUCAAGAGUUAGUGCAUGAACCAUUACAAAUGAAUGAAGUGGAAUUACCUCAAAGUGAAAAUCAAUGGGCUGACCAAGGUGUCGUCCAAACUGAAGAUUCAGAAGAAGAGGAUAGUGAAGAAAUUGAAGAAGAGGACAAUGAUGAUUCUGAACAAGAUAAUAGUGGAGAUGUUGAUGAUGAAGAUGAUAAUGACAAAUCUGACAAUGAUGUGGGUGAUUUUUAA